AACUCAUCUUUGGUUUAUACAGUUCAUAGAGUGUGUUCAGUGUGUUUCGUUUUGCUUUAAGUUGAUCAGGAAGUGAGAUUUAAUCAAGUUUCUCCAUAUGAAGGAAACUGAAAACCAUAUUAACAAUGUCCAAUAGCGAAUCUGAUUCUGAAUAUGACUCUUCCGAUCAGGAGUUACAAGAAGCUUUCUCGAAAGGAUUGUUGAAAUCUGGAUUGAAUGUUGCUACGGAAAUAAAAAAGAGCCAUAAGAAUAAUGUCAAUGGUAUGAAAAGAAAAUUAAAUGAAAUUAAGUUAAACUUGCCUUGGAUAGAAAGGCUGGAUAUGGUGAAUGCUCUUGCUCCCUUAGCACCGGAAUUAGCGCUACAAAUGCAGGAAGAAGAAAUAAAACGUGCCAAACAGUUACAAGGAAACAAAAAGUUGCCUCAAUACUCAACCACCGAAGACCCUGUCCUAAACGAUUUCAGGCGCGAGACGAUGUUUCACCGGCAAGCUCAAGGAGCAGUUUUGGAUGGAAUUAUAAGAUUAAAGAAACUGGAAAUACCCACCACAAGACCCGACGAUUAUUUUGCAGAAAUGGCUAAGACCGACGAACACAUGCACAAGGUUAGAGAGAAAUUAAUGAAGAAACAGAUCGAGACUCAGAGAUCCGAAAGGGUAAGGCAAUUAAGGCAACAAAAAAAGAUGCGAAAGAAAAAACAGAAAGCCUAGAAACUAGUGAGCAUUUUUUCGAAUUCUGUUCUCCAGUUACGUAUCAUGGUUUUGAAAUAGAAUUAAAAUGGUUUCACGAAUCUUAACAUUUAAAAAAUGUCAUAAGUUACUUAAACACAGCGGUGGUAUUUUUUUAUUCAAACGCUACCUACAAUUUUCUUUGUAAAAAAAUAUAGUUAUAAGUCUAGUAAAUAUAAACAUUAACUGUAAUAGUAGUUAAUUUGCGAACACGAUAGAACUUAACGGAUGUGACAACAAGUUUGGAUUUUGUUAUCAAUCGAACAAAGGUGAAAAUUCUUA